UCUUGACAUGUGAGGGUGUGUGGUGUGUCGUGACAUUCUUACGUUGGUUCCUCCUUUGAAAAUUGUGACACCACUUCUCACUUUUUUUCUUCAGGAUUAAGAAUAAAUUGAGGCUGUGGGGCGGCGACGCUGCAUACCUGCUGAGCCGCAGCGUGAAAAGCUUCAGUCUACUCCUCGCGCUGUGAUGCUCCAAUGAUUUAGAAAGGAACUGCACAGCUUUGGUUUCCUGGGCAAUAAAUGAUCUGCAAUGUGGGAGUGAUUGCUGCAAUCGCCGUGAAAUUUCCUGUCCUGAACUCACGGUUGAACAUUUAUUUGCAAUUACAAAGAAAACAUAAUCAAGUGUCGGCAAAUUAGUUGAUAAAGAUACCAAAUUACAGAAGCUGUUUCUGUUCAAACUUAACGCAGAUAACGUUGAGGACCGAGCAGACCAAUAGCCUGUCGCCCAGCGUCACGUCUUCGGACUCCGCAAGAAUCUCCCAUGAAAUUAACAAUUCUACAGUUAACGCCUCGAGUGUCCUGAAGAGUCGUUGAUGAUCUCGUCCUGGCAGCGAUGAGUUCCAGCGACGUAGCUGCGGUUGUUGGUGCCGUGACGUGGCGGGAUGAUGGAUCGUACGUCAAAGAAGUCGUUAACAGAGGUCACUUGCCUCAGCUUGCUAAGGUCAUCAAGGGACAAUACUUGUCCGUAGGAGUACCUAGCUUGGCCAAUCCAAGUUUAUCCUCUACCUUACUCCUAUCAUCUGCAGGUAAGAAUGUCAGAGUGGCCGCGCAAUCCGUCAAAUUCAAGGAAGGUCGCCGGGUGGUGCCUGUUGGUCCAAAGCUUGCCAUACCGGACACCUUUGAUGGAUAUUUCGAGAUACUCAGCGAAGAUGGACGUGCUGUGAAGUGCAUCGAGAGCGUUGCUGAGCUCGCCAAAAGGUUCCCUGACUCAUGCCUGGUAAGGGAGACAGUCAAGGCUUACGUGUCUCGCUCCGAUGACGUGGACUUCAUAACGGAAAAAUCGCGGUCGGUUCAAGCGGGUGAAACUUUGGUGCUUGUUGGUGACGUGGUGAACACGAAAUCUGGAAAACCUCAGCUCAAGUACCUUCGUUGUUUCGAUGAAGCGGGUCAAAAUAUAUACCUUCCGUACGAUGCCAAAGGAAAGUUUUCAGCGAUCGCUAAGGAAGACAACAUCAGUGGGGUGCAUAGCAUUAGAAACUUGCUCAACAAACGACUACCGUUGAUGGUACGCCUAAUCAACGGUCGACUGCCUCUUGGAAUUAAAACAGCAUCGCAGUUCCAUCCUGAACUACGACUAUUCGGAACUUUCACUGAAGAAGCUCUGGCUGCUCUUCCUCUUGGAAAAGACGCUCCGAUGACCAUCCUACCUCCCUCGGCUCCUCUCAAGCUCACUCAGGUCAAGAACGCCGAGCAAGUAGAAAAGACAAAAGAAUUCUAUAGAAUAUGUGAAAAGGCAAAUAAUUUAUUACAGGAGAUAUCAGACAGAAUUUUAGUAUACGAUGUUUCCAUGAGAGGCGGUAAAUAUAAUUCAGGUUCAAGAGACCCAAGGUUUUGCAACGCUGAUAUCGUCAAGCCUCGUAAAUAUUUACACUGCAAUAGCAGCCGAGCAUUGCGAUCCAAAAGCACGCCUGCCACCCCUGUCCAGCUUAAAGCCUUUCACGAGAAUAAAUCCGACGAUAUCAAAAUGAAUGGAGCUCUCCCUAAGGAUGACUACGACGAGAUAGACCAAAUUUAUGACUACGUUCGAGGUUUCGCUCCCUUGCCAAAACACAUCCGCUCCCCCUUUGCUAACAAAGAUGAUCCUCAGCUUAAAAGAAGCGUUCUUACGGAAGCUCGUCCCGCUCCCCCUCCCAUAGAAACAAUUCCUUCAAGACGAGACUUUCGUUCUUCAGAGAAACUCUCGCCUUCCAUUCAUCCGGCGCUAAUUUCAGCCGCUCUCGAAAAAGCCGAAAGAAGAGUAGAAAAACGAACCAGGAAGAGCGACGAAAAGAAUAACAUAGUUUCCCAUCUACAGCACCACCCAUUGCAGCAUCAAAUGACGCCUUCUAUUUCUGUUCCUUCCAAUAAAAAUUGCUCCAAACUGUUCAUUAAAGCUAGCCAACAGAAGUCCAACAAGUCUCAUAUGUUCCGACAAAAAUCUUGCUCUCCGGUGAAGGAGAGUUUGUGCGACGGUAUGCCCCCGACGGUCAGUACAUCUCCAUCUUCAUUAUUCAAACUGCGCUAUAAGUCUUUAACUAAUCUCGCGAUGGAUCUCGACACUCUGGAUUCAAGUACUUCAUGCGGCAAGAAUUCAGCAGAUUCUAGCGGGUCUGCGGCCAUGAAGGCGCGAUUACCUGAGAAGAAAUGCCGGCGACUGACACGCCCCACGAGCCUGACGAACCUCGUGUGGGACAGUCGCUGUAGUCCCGUCUGCCACAACCCCCCAGACGUCGUGGACGGCGGUGCCGCGCGGGCCAUCGUGGAGAUCGAGAGGAGACUUCGUCUGGAGCCUGGCGUGUACCGCCACGGCAGAGACGCUCCUGCCCUCAUCGCUGCCACCACGCGGCUCUUGGCCUCCCAUAACAAGAUAGGCACAUUGUACUUGUGAGACACAUGGUGCAGUGGCAGGAGUUCGGACUGAGACCGAGACGAUGGGAAACCGUUGGCAUGCUGAUGAAAUUGUCUACUUGCAAGAUCCUCAGCGAAGUGUCUCAAGUUAAAAAUACUUACAGUUUGACUCGCUAUUUCAAUUCCUGCAUUGUGAAGAUUGCGCCUUAUGAAGCUUCCAAUGCUGUAGAUUCUAUGCGUAAUUUUACGUCAUUAACUUUGUGAUUUUAUUCACAAUGUUUAAUUGAGAAGAAUACUACCAAUGUCGAAGUUGCUGUCAAAUCUACUUAGAUUCAGUUAGUCUUUUGUCGGGUUCUAAAUUUUUGACGAUAUUUCAAAUGUAUUGAUUUGAUUUAAGGUUUAUUCGCUGUCAGAUAAUACAAUGUGAAAUUUUUUUGUUAUAUUAUUUGAAGGUGACGCACAUUGGGCGGUUUACCAGAUAGCAGUAAUCUGUUUCGCUUUACAAUUCGUUGUUGCCAAUUCAACCUGUCAUUGAUUGUGCGCUCUAACUGGGGGGAUAAUUCUUAUUUCAAUAGUAGGCUUAACUUUGGAGUCAUGAGAAGCUCAAAUGUCAGGAAUAAUUUAAGGUGGCGAUAAAAAUCGAGUUAAAUAAUUCAUAUUCUUUUAUUCGCACAAGGCCUGGGUUUCAUUUUUAUCAGCGAGGAAUGUGUAAAAGCUGAGACUUGGUAGAUUACGUUCAUAAUGUUACAUGCGGCCGAGGUUUCCUGAACGUAGGUAACAUGUAUCCAAGUUCGAUAUCCAUUAAUUAUUGCGCAGUUUCUGGAGCUUUCAAAAUCAAGAUCUGGAAUUAAGAUAAAUAUUUUUUUUAUUGCCAUCAUUGUUAGCGUUGAUUGUCAACUCCAAUCAAGUAUACGAAUACCAAUAUAAAAUUUCAAUUGCUCCACUACGCAAAUGAUUUUGCUUAAAUUUUACGCAGCGAUGUUGGCUGUAUGAAAUGUAUUUAUUAUCCCGCAUGUUCGAUUAAUUUGUUCCCUGGAGAAGUUUCAGCUUAUGAGUACCAUAAAUUUGAAUGUCUUGCACUGCAUUCUCGUAUAUGUAGAAAAACUUCAGUUUAGAUUCAUCGCACAAAAAACUUCCGCAGGAGCUAACUUUUGAACAGACGGAUUUUCCGUCGAGUAUACAGUACAUGUAGAACGAAUUCUCUAAUCUUAGCUUUUUGUUUCUUUCAUGUUAAUCGCCUUACUAGAAAAUGCCUGUGAAUUUCGAUUUUGGAAUGACGAAGUUGCCGGCAAGAUGUAAUUAUCGUUUUUCGUUUUAAUGUUUCAUUGAUAAGUGCAUUAUUACGCCAGUCAUUGUAAUAUAUUUUAUUCUAGCGCAUACAGUUGGACAAUUUUGCUCAUAAUUUUGUACAUUUUUGUAGGAGAGUGUUUUGUAUGAUUAAUACAUGACUAUGUUUCCGUGCGACAAUUCAAUUUAUGCGAGCCGAUGGUCUUUGCUCGGCGAUCAAUGUUUUGUUUUGUCGCUCUGUCCGGCCAAAUUGAUUCAAAUCACUGGAUGAUUUUGUCGUGUUUGUUUCAUGUUUGUAUGGCAAGUCACGAGUCCAUCGUUACAUUUAAUUACGCUUAAGCUUUUGACACCAGUAUGGUUCAUUAUAGGUUGUAUGGCGCUAGUUAUCUCUAAUGAACCAUCAUAUUGCUUCACUCACUUGCACAUUUGAAAUUUGUGUGUCCAUAUAACAUUUUCGAUUAUUCAUUAGUUGACUUUGUAGCUGAUGUGCUCAAGUUACUUUUUGUUAGUGACGAAUAGUUUAUAAAGUUCAAGUUGACUUAAAUAUGGAUUUUACUUCACGGAACUGAAAUUUUCAUAUCAACUUGAUCUCGUUGAGUGCUUGUUUCAGUGAUUAAUAACAUUAAGCUCGUUCGUUCGUCUCAGUUGUUAGGAGGAGACUUCAAAUGCUACCAUGACACUCUCGUUUCAUCAAAUACGUUCAAGUGAAGUCAAUCAUUCAACGCAAGUUUCAUAACUGUUGAUAUUAGUUAAAAUUAUUUGUUGGCAGUCAUAGUUACUUUCGUUAACAAUUGAUUGAAGUUUCUCACUUCUCUACCCUUAAAUAUAAAAUUCAUGAGAUGUGAAGAUUUUGUAACAGUGGUAGCGAAUGCUGGGAAAUAUUCUGGUUAUGAAACGCAUGGAUUAUUUUGAGCGGUCCAAUAGCAUGCAUUUGUCACUUAAAUGACGCGCUUGUUGUUUGUCAAACAGCGUGCUUGUCACAGGCCAUAUCUUGUACAGAAUUUACAACUUGAUUUAAUUUACAAUAAAAUCGUUAAGUGAG